AUGACGAGGUCCAUUUUCAGGGGGCCCCUGGCCCUCUGGCACUGCAAUUUCAUCAAUUCAGAGCAAAAGCUGACUGAGAAGCUCCAGGAGAAUAAAUACUUCCCGUUCCAGGUGCAGCAGCCUAGAGUGUUUGUGAUGGAAUAUUAUAAGGACAUGAUCUGGAAGGGGGCGCUGCUUUUUGUGGCCUCUCUGGUGGCCAGCAUCUUCUACUUCAAAGCAAAGAAGGGAUCCCAAGACUUCUCCACGUUCUUCAUCUACGGCAUGUUCAGCGGACUGUGGCUGGUUGUGAGCAACAUCAACAAGCGCCGGCUGACCAUCAACCACCUCAAGGGCAUCUACCAGUUCUACAUCAAAGGCAUCCUCUGGGAAGAGGGACCCUUGCACCAGAUCUAUGUCCGACUUGUAGCCCAGCGUGAUGCCUAUGGCAAACUAUUCUACAGCCUGAUUAUCAACGGAUACCGUCUGGAGGUGCUCACCCUGGCUGAACUCUCGGAAAAGUAUGAGCUGAUAGAAGCCCUCGGGCACCGUAUUGCUCGCAACCUGAGCCUCAACUACUUCGAUUAUGAGGACGUCUCUGCACGCCACAUCAUCCGGCACCUGCCUCCGGAGAGGGAUGAGGACGAAGAAGUGGAGGAUGGCGAUAACCAGAGUGUGUGA